AUGGCUUCUGGUUCUGGAUUUUUAGAUCAGGGGAUGGAAGAAGCUGAAUUCGCCGAGAAAGAUCCCACUGGCCGCUACAUCAGGUAUGAUGAUGUCCUGGGGAGAGGAGCUUUCAAGACUGUAUAUAAGGCCUUUGACGAAGUAGAUGGCAUUGAAGUUGCUUGGAACCUAGUCAGUAUUGAAGAUGUAAUGCAGAUGCCUGGUCAACUUGAAAGGUUAUAUUCUGAAGUUCAUCUACUCAAAGCUCUAAAACAUGAUAACAUUAUCAAACUCUUUAACUCUUGGGUUGACGAAAACAACAAGACCAUUAACAUGAUCACUGAGCUCUUCACCUCUGGUAGUCUUAGGCUGUAUCGUAAGAAGCAUAGGAAGGUCGAUCCCAAGGCCAUCAAGAACUGGGCAAGGCAGAUUCUCAAAGGCUUGAACUAUUUGCAUUCUCAGAACCCUCCUGUAAUUCACAGAGAUCUUAAGUGUGACAAUAUAUUUGUCAAUGGAAAUACCGGAGAGGUCAAAAUUGGAGAUCUCGGGCUCGCAACUGUACUGCAGCAACCCACUGCUCGAAGUGUGAUAGGUACUCCUGAAUUCAUGGCACCUGAAUUGUAUGAAGAGGAAUACAACGAGCUUGUGGACAUCUACUCUUUUGGCAUGUGUAUGUUGGAGAUGGUAACGUGUGAAUAUCCAUACAACGAGUGCAGGAACCAGGCUCAAAUUUAUAAAAAGGUCACCUCGGGUAUAAAGCCUCAAUCUCUCAGCAGAGUUGAUGAUCCUCAAGUUAGGCAAUUCAUAGAGAAAUGUCUUCUUCCUGCCGAUUCGAGACCAACUGCGUUUGAGCUCUCGAUGGACCCGUUCCUUGCAAGAGAUGCAGGCAAGGACUCUGCUCUUGUUGGUUCAUCAAGCACAGCAUCUAAACCUGUGAGACCUCCACAGCUAGAACAUCUUCCCAUGGAUGUGGAUCAUAAUGAGAAUAAAAGUGUCUCCAUUUGCUCCUCUCGGAAAAGCAACGAAGAAUACCAAUGGUACCAAACCAUUGAACUUCAGAGGUUUGCAGAGAAUAAAGAGUUCAGGUUGAGAGGAGAGAGGAGUGAUGAUAUCACUGCAUCAAUGCUUCUGCGUAUCGCUGACUCAUCUGGUAAAGGUAGAAUCGUACACUUUUCAUUCUUUCUAAACUCAGACACAGCAACAGCAAUCGCUGAGGAAAUGGUUGAGGAACUACAUCUAACAAGCCAAGAGGUGAUUGUGAUAGCUGAUAUGAUCGAUGACUUGAUAAUGCAACUUAUCUCUGACCGGACCUCAUCGCAUCCAAAUCAAAACUCUCCACGUCUAGCAUCCCUUGAGGAUCAUGAAGCACCAAAUCAGCAAACUGUGAACUCGAAAGACGAAGAAGCUGCAGGAGAAUCAAUGAGAUCAGACAUAUCAGCAGACUAUUACUUACCCUUCUCGUCACACGGAAGUGCUGCCAUGGAAGCUCGUCAGGAGGCAGAGUCAAUGAGCUCGUUUCUGGAUUCUUGCUCAAUGAUGUCAACCAUUUACUCUCUUUCCAUUUCAGAAAACGAUUACCCAGAAGACCUCAAGACUGAACUGAACCUGAUCGAGUCACAGUUUAACCAGUCCUUCCAAGAUCUGUUGAAGCUGAAAGAGGAUGCUAUACAGAACGCAAAGCGGAAAUGGAUUACGAAAAAGCAAAAAGCUGCGGUCAUCUCUUGA